GUUAUUAUCAAAUUGUAUCACAUUUUCCCCGCCAAGGUUGCCGCCAAAAUGUGACGGAACCAAACCCUUGCAGUGGUUAGCCAAGUUCAGAAGACAUAGACACGGGACAAAAACACGUUUAUCCCAAUGGCGAAAGUAGCAGACGCACCACCUCCUCUAAUCGUGGAAGAUGCAAAUGGAUUAGAGAAAUUAAGCAUUGAAUCACAUGUUGGAGAUUACGAGGACAGUGGACCCGAAGCUAUGAAUGAAGAUGAUGGAGGGUUCAACAUUGUGGAAAAAGAUGAAGGUGCUAAUGCUAAAGAGGUUGUUAAUGCCUACACGCUAAAUCCUACAUCUAGUGAAUUUUCUAUUGCAAUAAAUGCCUCGACUUGUGUAGUCAUUGCAGAGUUUGAUGUUCUCAAUAUUAUUGAUAAGGUGGCAGACAUAGAUAAUAAGCAAGCGGACAAUCUCAUUUCAUUUGACACCAUUAAAUUGUUUGACAUUGCUAAUAUGGUCGGGAUGCAGCACCUAGUUUCACUGAGCGAACCUACAUGUGGUAUUGGCUCUAUCUCACAUGUCCUCCAGUUUGUUCCAAGAUCCAACAUGGUUGAAGGUUCAAGGGAUGGGCCGCUCCUUUGGUUUGGCAUUAUCUCUCAAGUCCAAAAGCACGAACGGGAGCCUCCACCUUGAGGACAAUUUGGAUUUUAAAGGGUUGAGAAUGAUACGGA